GAAGCUCUGGUCCAGUACGGCAAGUACGACGUGCAGGCCAUCAUCACCCAGGCCAUGCAGGGGACCGUUUUUGUGGAUGUGACCAACGGCAACGGUGCCAUGCCUGCCUUCGGCGAGAAGCUUGGACCCGAUGACAUCGAGGACGUGGCCAACUACGUCUACAACAAGGCUGACAAGUGGUGA